AUGCAGAACAACGGCCACUCCCUCAGCAGCCGGUCACCGCCUGCAGCUAACAUCAAGUCUCUACAGCACAACCGCAGCCAGAGCCAUGACCAUAACCAGUCUCAUAGCCAGAAUGACCAGGACUCCGAUGACGGCAACCAGCUGCAAAGCGGAGACGAAAUUGAUCUCGACCAGGACGAUCAGGAUGUCACCCGGCUUGGGAAGCGCAAGAGACCCAUAUCUGUCUCGGGGCCACCGCCCUCCGUGAAAUGUGACCGAGGACAGCCCUCCUGCGGCUGGUGCAGCCGCAAUGGAGCCUUGUGCGAGUAUAAGGAGCGCAAGAAGCCCGGUCUUCGCGCCGGCUAUGGUCGCGAGCUGGAGCAGCGACUGGACAAGCUCGAGGAGAUACUCAGAACUCAUUCCGAAAUCCUCCAGGCGACUCUGACAUCCAACCAACACCACGGCGUGGCACCAAGCAUUCGGAAUAGUAACCCGAGUCUACCGAGCGAUCACGGCACACCGCGAGAGACUAAUGCCUUGUUUCGGCCCUCUGAAUCCCACCGGACGCCUCAGGCCGAGACGGCUCUCUUCCUCCAAAAACCAUCUUCUUACCCCUCAACCUCACAGUCCAUGGAGUUCGGAAUGCCGCCUCCCACUCCAUCCAUGCACGAAUUUCAGGGUCAAAUGCCAAUGACUAGCAUGCCUGCACCACCAAGCCAUAUCGCUGCCAUGUCACAACCUAGCAGCGCGGCACAAGAAUAUUACGGCACAAAUCAAACGCAACUUCACUCGCCAGACGUUGCCAUGGCACAAAGUCAGACGUCGACUGCGCCAGACCAAGAGCUACCGCCUUACGACCUGCUUUAUGCACUAGUCGAUCUGUACUUCAAGCACAUCAACACCUGGUGCCCUAUACUCCAUCGGAAGACGACUUUGGAUUCUUUGUUUGGACCAUCCAUCCUUGAGGAGACGGACCGUAUCUUGCUGCAUGCCAUUGUUGCCACAACGCUCCGAUACUCUACUGACUCUCGACUGACCGAAGAUAGUCGGCAGCAUUAUCAUUCUAUAUCGAAGCAAAGGGUCCUACUCUAUGGCAUGGAACAUUCUUCGGUCAAGGCCUUGCAAGCCUUAGUGAUUCUUGCUUUGGAUCUGGUUGGCAGCAGCAAUGGCCCUCCUGGGUGGAAUAUCAUGGCUCUGAUAACUAGAUCGGUUGUCCAACUCGGGCUGGCCGUUGAAAGCACCUCGUUCUCGGUAUCGCCCAAUUUUACCUCCAUUUAUACACUCAGAGCCAUGAUUCUACCAGAACCCAAAGACUUCAUCGAGGAGGAAUCCAGGCGGCGGCUGUUCUGGAUGAUUUACCUUCUCGAUCGGUAUGCCACUCUAGCUACUGCCUUUGAAUUCGCAUUAGACGACAAGGAAGUCGACCGGACCCUGCCAUGCCGAGAUGAUCUAUGGAUCAAGAAUCAAAAAGUUGAGACUCGAUGGUUCCGAACUCAGGAUCAUCCCGAGGAUACGAAUCCCGAAUAUGAGAUUAAUAAGCCAGAGAACUUAGGUGCUUUCUCCUAUUACAUAGAGAUCUUGGCAAUAUUGUCCAAGAUUCACAAGUUUUUGAAACAACCUGUCGACAUCAGCGCUCUUAGCGACGUGGAGCAAUGGCAGAUGCGUUACAAGGAGCUCGACAACAUGCUCACAUCCUGGAAAUUUGGUCUUCCCGGGGAAUACGGCAACAUGGCCAAGUUGUUCCAGCCUGGUAACAAGACACUUAAUUGCGGCUGGGUGAUGCUGCAUGCCACGUACCACACGGCCGUGAUACGGCUACAUUCGUCGGCAGCGUAUCCAACAACUCGUUCGCCAAUCUUCACCCCUUCAUACAGUGCCUCACAACGCUGUCACGGCGCCGUCGAGAACAUUGCCGCGCUGGGUGAAUUCGUCGUGAACAACGGUCUUUUGGCAAAGCUUGGCCCUCCCUUUGCCUUUACCCUGUGGGUGGCCUCACGCCUGCUGCUCGUCCACGGCUCUACCGUGGAACACAAGCUCUCCCCUCAGAUUCAAUUCUUCGUAGAGACGCUACGAGAAAUGGGACGCUACUGGCCUGUGGCCGCGCGCUACUGCGGCCUCUUGCAACGCGUUCUGGACGAGCAUCGCGAUAGUGAGCGUCAAGGGGAUGGUGUCACACCCAGCUCAGUCAAGAUAUUAGCCGAUAUGCGUCGCACUGCGUUUGAUCUCGAUUUUCUCAUAUCCCGUCAGCCGCGUGCCAACGGUAUGCCGAACCAUAGCCGGCUCCCUAGCGUCACACCAGCCAGAACGCCAGCACCGAACGAGCUCGAGUACCUGGACGUAUUCGAUUUUUUUAAUGUGCCACGUCUACCCACUGGCAAUGAAAUUCAGCAUGCCGUGAGCGGCAGCAACGGGCAGAACGGGGCUACGUCGGGCAUGGAUGCCAGUAGUGAAAAUGGCGGCUCCAAUGCGCCGCCGGUCCCGGGCAACGAGUUCAACAUAACCAAUUUCAUGGUUGAUGCGAAUAGUGACUGGCUCUUCAAGCAAGAGGGUGCCAAAUUUCUUUCAUGA